AUGUCCGGCUCGGACCGCCUCCCCGACUACGCGCUCAGCUCAGGCGUGGCGAGGAGGCUGAGGUCUGCGCUGGAGGCCGAGGACCAGGAGGCGCUGGAGGACGUGCUCUGCAGGCAAGUCGGCCCCGUGGACGCCGUGAUAGAGCUGGCCAACGACGACUGGAUGAAGGACCCCGCGGCCCCGCUGCCCCCCGGGGUGCUCCUCCACGCAGCCCUGCUCGCGGGCGACCUGCGCCGCCUGGCCCCCCUCGCCGACCGGCUCCUCCUGGGCGCGGACACGGUGCUGGAGCUCAGAGAGGAGGAGAUGGAGUGGCGGGGGACCACGCCAGCCACGUUCGGCCUGUCAGGUCUCUGGACCCUGGAGUACAAGCGUGAGCUCACCACACCCCUGUGCAUCGCCGCAGCCCGAGGCCACGAGGCCUGCGUGGGCUACCUGCUCGGCCGAGGUGCCAACCCAGACGCCAGCCCCGGUGGGCGUGGACCCCUGCAUGAGGCCUGCCUGGGGGGCCACACGGCCUGCGCAGAGCUGCUGCUGCAGCACCACGCGGACCCCGACCUGCUCAGCGCCAAGGGCCUGGCACCCCUGCACCUCUGCCGCACGGCCGCCUCUCUCGGGUGCGCGCAGGCGCUGCUGGAGCACGGGGCCUCGGUGCACUGUGCAGGCGGCGCCAGCCAGAACACGCCACUGCACGUGGCGGCACAGCACGGCCUGGACGAGCACGCGCGCCUCUACGUAGACCGCCGGGCGCGCGUGGACGCAAGAAACGGCCAAGGGGAGACGGCCCUGAGCGCGGCUUGCGGGGCAGCGCUGCGGCCCGAGGAGCACGAGCGCGGAGCGCGCCUGUGCGCGCUGCUACUGCAGCGCGGGGCAGCCCCGGACGCCCGCGACGAGGACGAGCGCAGCCCGCUACACAAGGCCUGCAGCCGAGUGCGCCCGGAUCUGGUGCACCUCCUGCUGCGCCACGGCGCAGACGCUACCGCGCUGGACUACGGAGGCGCCUCGCCGCUGGGCCGCGUGCUGCAGGCGGCCGCCUGCGCGCCCCAGGCCGAGCCGGAGCGCAUCGUGCAGGAGCUGCUCAACCACGGCUCCCCCACGGUGUGGCCUGACGCCUUUCCCAAGGUGCUGAAGUCCUGCGCGUCGGCUCCCGCGGUCCUCGAGGUGCUUUUCAACUCCUACCCGCAGCUCCGCGUGCCCCAGUCCUGGAGGGGGGAGAUCCCUGAGGAGGCGUUUCAGGCGCACCGGCCUUUCUACCAGUCCCUCUUCGCCUUGGCCCGCAGCCCGCGCCGCCUGAAGCACCUCUGCCGCUGCGCCAUCCGCAGGCGGUUGGGCAGGGGGUGCUCUCGCCUGGUACCCCAGCUGCCCCUGCCCGCGUCCCUGCAAGGCUACCUCCUUCUGGAGCCAGAGGGUGUUCUGCACUGAGACCCUGAGCCUCUGGACUUGGUCCUGUGCCCGCCCCUCCGAGGACAAUGGGACCGCGGACCUGCUGGCUGGCACCUUCAGGGUCUCCGGGGGAUGCACUGGUACUGAGCACCCUGCUGCCUCUCCGGGCUGCUUCCGAGGGUGACGAGUGUGCCCGCUGCAGAGCCGUACCAGAAAGGGCCUUUCCACGGACGUGGAACUGAAAGGUUUGGCCGUGUUUCCAAGGUUAGCCUCCCGCCCGCCACGGCUGAGCAGUGGGCACGGGGCCCCCCUUGCUUCCGACCCUCUGCCUCUGGGAAAACGCCCACCGGUCCUGGGAGGCGGGCCUCCUGGAAAGACUGUCCCUAAAACAUGACAGAUGUGCACAUGGAAGGAGGACAUCGGCUUCCAGGAUAAAUCAUCUUCCCAGGAGCCCACGGGUGCUUCCCAGCACAGGGGUCCAGGGCCCCCCAGACAGACACUGGCGGGGUUGUGAGGUGGGUGUGUUUGCCCAGCGGGAGUCUUCUGUCUGGUGUUCUCAGCAAAGCCCGGCGGGCUCUGCCCUGGUGGGCGGCCCAGGGAGCCCCAGGUUGACCAGCGGCCGUCCCCACAUCCCUAGGGAGAGAGAGGUCACUCAGCCCAGGACUGUGUCUACCCAGUCCCUUGUUCCCAGCAGUCUGGUGCUUUGGUGUCUGAGGCCUUGCCGAUUCUGGAGACUGCCCCCCACCUCGGGGUCACCGGUUCUGAGACAGAGUCAACAGCUUGCCACCCGGUGUGCUUUUUAAGUGCACCCUGACCCACCCAGCGCUCACACGCCCAGCCACCCCUUUAUGUGGGCGCUCAUGCCCAGGACGCCAGCCGCCACCACCAGGUACCAGAGACAGCCGGUUCGGCCGAUCUGGCCCAGAGCCCGAGUGAUUCGGAGUAGCCAGGCCUGUCUGCCCUGCCUCCCGAGUUCCUUCCACGGAAACCACAGCCAGUCUCCGGCCCACACCCUCCUCUGGCCCACCCUGGUGCUUCCCCACUUGGCCCCCAUGGGGAGACAUGUCCCUCUCCUGGGACCCAUGAGUAACUAACUAUCUUUCCAAUGGCAGCUGUCCCUGCCCUGGUGGCCCUAGGUGACCUCGAGUUUUCUAUCCCACACUGUAUUUUAAAAUAAGGACUCCUCACUGUCCCCUGAGGACAGUACACAUGGCUCCGUUUUUGUCCAGUUUGAACCAAUGUGAGGUACUUCUGGGACCACUUCAGAAUAGGCAGGCGUGUCUCCCCUUGUCCCAGUCUGGCUGGCGGGGUGGGGGUGGUCGGGCUGAGCCUUGGCAGAUGGAUGGUCAGACUUCAACACAGAGGGUCUGCGAGACAGUGAGUGACAGGACAGCGCCUCCUGCACCUUCGGCUGACCGCCCACAUCUGCCUGCUGAGACGGAUGUGAGCACAGCGGUCCUCCAGCUCCUCCGCAGACAAAGGCCGUGCCAAAGGGGGGACUGUGACCCAUCCUCUGGAGGGAGGGCUCCCCGCUUGGGCCACUGGAAGCAGGCAGGGCUGGGGGUGGGGGCACAGACAGGGAGAGCGCUGGUUUCCAGACCAAGGGUCUGGACGUCUUGGACAGGCUGUGAGGACCACAGAGCAGGUGAGCAGCCACAGUGGGAUCCUGGGAGGAGGACUCUGUCCUGAAAAGGCACGUGGCACCUGGGGGGCGGUGGGGGCCAAGAUGAGCCCUAGACACGGGGCUUCAGAGCAGAAAGGAGGGUUGGGGAACCGAGGUCGGUGGGGAGGCGCUCACCUGGAACAGGGAGGCCUGUGCCUUUGGACCCAGCAUGGGUGAC